GAAAAACCCAGUCAUCUUCCCGUGAGCAGAGAAGCCUUCAAAGACAAAAAAAUCAUCAAACUUGCCACAGCUUAAUCGAGUGUAAAAGUAGAAGAAUAACCCAAAAGGUUUAAUUUGUAUUGGAAGAAAAGAAAAGGAACAUUCAAGAAUGGCAAACGAGUUGGAGGACGAAAGUUACGUGAUUCAAAUCCGUGCCAAACUCAACCAGCAAAGAGUAAAAUUGUGGGAGCUUCCGUACUACAAUGUCACUACGGAGGAAUGUUCCGUUCCGGAAAUGGAGAAAUUGGCAAUGGAAUUUCACGAACAGCUACAAAUAUCUGUCAAGGACUGCCUGAAUGCUAUCCAAAAACUACAACAAAAUGCAUUGGAAAACCUGAAAAGUAAAGAUGAAUUCUCUAAGACCGGAGUUGCCACUUUGAAGAUCAGAACUCCAAUGCAAGGUUCAGCUAAUAAACACUUCACUGCGAAAGUUAAGAUUAGCUCGAAGGCACAGGAAUUGGCCGAGAUCGUUGCCGACCAUUUGGGAGCGCACGCUAACAGAAUCAAACUGGUUUGUGCUGGCAGAGUUCUGAAUCCUACUAAGACCCUCUCCGAGCAACAUGUUCCCAACGGGGCAUCCAUGAUGGCACUGGUUAUGGCACAAAGCGUUGAUGCAGCUCAGAAGGAAAAUAGUCUGUACGACCGGGUGCACAAAAUUCGUACUGAUGCUGAACUACUGAUCAACGACAAUGACCAUUCGGAUUUUCUUAGCUUGGAAGACCAAGAUGGGAACGCAAUCCAUCUACCCAAAGCCGAAAAAUCAUCCCUCUUGAUGGCCUUAACACUCUACGAGAAAGGAAAAGUGGCACUGCGAAAGGAAAAUUUUGAAGAGGCUCUUUUACUGUUUCUUGAAGCCGAUAACGAUUUCCGAACCUGCAAUUGCCAACUGCUGGCAGUGGUCGAUAAUUAUGCUCUGCUGAAUUUGGACAUUGUUUGGUGCUAUCUUUGUCUCAAGAACAUGAAUCAGCUGCCAGAUGCCGAGCAGAGAUUACUUUUAUGCGAGGAGAAAUUCAGACAAAGUUACGGGGAAAACAUGCGGCGUGUAACAAAUAUAAAGGGCACUCAGCAAUGUAGUGAAAAGGCUCUCCUGCUGAGACUACAUUUGCUAAAGGCAGUCCUGUUCUUCCACCAAAACAAACGAGAAGAGGCAAAGAUCAUGUUCCAGGUGGUGGAGACCGAACUUCAAUCUUUGACUGUCGAUGAUGGCUGUUUGACUACUUUACUGGAAUUUGGAUUUGAGUUGUCUGAAUCUCGAAUAGCGCUCAGAGCAACGUCCAACAAUGUAGAAGCGGCGGUGGAUUUCAUUAACAAUCGAAGGGAGAUUGUAGCAGCUAACGAAAAGAAAUCUAAACGAGAGAAAAAUCUCUAUAAGAAGAUUGGCCAUGAACGUGCGGAUGAGGUGCGUAUAAACGUGGACCUCGUUGAUCAGCUUGUUGAAAUGGGCUACGCCGAAUCGUUUGCUGCGAUGGCACUGAAGAAAUCAAACAAUGAUAUUCUGAAUGCCUUGAACGAGCUCCAAAAUAAUCAUGAACAGCUUAAGCGAGAGCUUGCGAGCAACAUUACUCCUUCGGAGGAUCUCAUUGGUAAGUUGAUUGAUUUAGGCUUCCACAAAGAAGCAGCAAUAGCAGCUCUCCGUAAAAAUAUCAACGAUUUUGAAGAUUCCGUUGAGUAUCUCGUUGCCGCACGAAAAAACAACGAAUACGACAAAUUACUAACGGAUCUACAAUCGUUAAAUAAUAAUACAUCAGGCAGCGGUAGUUCAACUGCUGGAGCAUCUGGUAGCAACCCAGUGGCUGACACAGAACAGCAGCCAGGUCCGUCCCGUAAAAAGGUUAAGAACGAAAGUAACAGUGCCAGAAAGGAGAUGUUGGAUAUUCUGUACAAAAGCUUUUCCAAGGAUAUGGACACGAACAGCGAUACCUAUCUCGACCUGCCCUUGAUCGAGGAAGCAACAAUUUUGAGCGAAUAUAAAAAGUUACUGAACAUGUAAGCUGAAGCUGAAUAGAUUUAGAUGAAAAUGCCAUCGUGUUACAAUAACGUAAACUUUUUAUAUUACCUGAUUUUUAUAUACAUUAUUUAAUAAAGAAAUGCACGUAAA